CGUAACAGGUGUCUGUGCAUGUGUGUCAGUAUGUAAAGACAAAAAUUACUUAGUCUCACCGGUAAGCUUUGUUAGAACAGUUUUCUUUUUAAUUUAUUAUAUACACUAUAUGUUACAGUGUCCUGUUAAACAUUAUAUUAUUAAAACAUAUUAUAUGCGUUAGUAUUAAUGGAUAAAUAAGCCUUUACCAUUUCUUAGAUUGAUCAGGUUUGCUAUCUAUUUCGUUUUGCUUUCCGUAUUUUUGCUCUUAAAUUAUUGUUCUUCAAAAAUCUUAAUGUGAUUUAAUUUAUUACCAAUAUAUGUUGCAAGCAAAAUAAUAGCAUACAUCUGAGCCGGGUCAAGUUUAUUUCGUCCGGGUAAGCAGUCCAGGUAUUUUGAAAAUAUAUUCUGAGAAGGACUCGGGUAUUACAAUGAUUAGAAGUUAUCUAUAAAACAAGAAAUUGUUAGGGGCCAUCGAUAUAUUACAUAAGCAGGAAACUUACAUUUCAACCUCAAUCGCCAAUGUUGUACACGUAUAUUUUGACAAAGCCUUCUUUUGCUUAGUACAAAUUUGCUUUUAGCAUCGCCAACGAAAUAUAUAUAUAUAUAUAUUGAACUGCUAUUUUAAUUAAUAAAGAUCUGCUAUUUUCAUUUAUCUUUAAUAUAUAUAUUUAUAUAUAUAAAUUAUAAAUUAAAAUAUUAGAAAUUAAAAUAGCAUAUCUUUCAAGGCUCUAUGGAAACAAUGGAUCAAGCGGUAAUUAAGGUAGCCAGGCCAAUACACAUGAUAAGAGUAUCUCAAAACAUAUUUACAAUAUAACAACGAAUAUUUCUCAUUGAAAGCAUUUUUAUUACAGAUGUUGUUAAGGCCAUACUAUCAUGCACGCACACACAUCUGUAAUAAAAAUGCUUAGUUGAUUAAAAUAUUUUUUAUUAACAGUUUUUUGUUAGCAGGCCAUGUUAAAGGCAUACCAAUAUGCAGUGGCGCAGCUAGGGUUGGUGUCACCAUCACGUAUUUCUUCUUUUAAAUUAAGACCAGAGUAUAACAAUGACAAGAACACAAACAAAUGAAUUAAAGGUGAUGGUAUAAUGUAUUUAAAAGCGGUAUGAAAGUUAAGAUAUAGUUAUUUUUACAAUAUAUUUACUUCAUUUCAAAUGUUUCUUUCCUGGUUUUCAAAGCUGCAAACAUGUCAAUCACUUGAUCGAAAUCAAUAUCAUUCACUGCAUUUCAAUGUCAGCUGCUGAUUAGGUGUCUUCCAAGCCUUGGUGUUUCUUUUAAAAGUUCAUCUUCGGAUAGCUCAUCAUAGAAAUAGGUUAAUUUUGGAACCGACACCAAAAUCUCUUCUUUACUUGCUGAUAGUAGACUCUUCGGGUUAACAGCCCCAAACAUAUCUGCUACUCCCUUGAUCGCUGAACUGGUGUUCAAAAUGAAUACGAUCAAUUUGCUCCAGCAUCACUCGACAGUUUUCAUCUCACAGCGAGGGUCCAGCAGCUAUUAAUUUUUAACGCGCCAUUCUCUUCUUAAAACCCAGUCUUCACUCUACCUAAAUUCCAUUAUGGUCUGAUUUGAAACGUGCCUUUUCUACUGCAAUUUCCACCAAGUGAGAGUGUUUCUCGUGCAGAAACAAUCUUAAGACCUCUAAGUUGGUCACAACUUUUGUCAAGGGUAAAACAUUUAUUCUGCUGAUACUGCUGUGUAAGAUUAACUUCCUCAAGUAGUUCAGCCCUUAGUUAAAGAAUGCAGAUAAACCUGACAUCACAGACAGCAUGUAAAAUACCUUGUACUGUACCGUUUUUAUCCAAAUUGUCAAGAGGAUCACAGAGCUUCAAUCGCCGCCACACAUUCACGUAUCUUUAACUGUUUAACAGCAGCAUGUUCAGCACUCCAACGUGUUGCUGACAUUCUUUUCACCUACAUUUCAGAGUUUUAAAUUUAAACAUCUCACCGAUGAGUUGAUAGAAGAGAAAUAUUCUCUCAAGAGUACCGAAAUAUGUAAUACUUAAAGAAUUUUUGGCAAACGAGAGUUGAGCACACAUGUUAAAAGUACGGCCCACGCAUCCAUAAAAAAAUCGCCUUCUUAUAAUUUCUUUUCAGAAUGGUCUAAACACCUCCAUCGAUUCCAGACAUUCUGGCAGAAUUAUCGUAACCUAGAGCUCUGAACAUCAUUAUGUCUUGUCCAUCACAUUUUAUAUUUGUAAGAAUGUCAGCAGUGGGUCCAUUAACUUUUUCCCCCUUAAAGGGAAAAAAUCCAAAGAAACACCUUUCUCAUUCAACUUUCCCACUGUGGAUUUUUACAUAUCUGAUCAACUCAGAAAUAUGGUCAGUGUGUGAUAUAUCAGGUGUACUGUUAAACAUAAUCCCAAAAUACUUGGAAGCCUAUAUAUGCAUGAUAUGAAUCUCCUUCACAUUAUUUGUAUGGACAUUUAUAAAUUAAAUGUGGGUUUAUGGUGAAGGUAAAAAUGCAGCUGCUUUUACUCUAGAUGUAGUCUUUUUAAGUCUCAUUAAGUGCUCUUUUAACACUGUGUCUUAUUGAGAUAGCAUCUCAACCAUGGCAAUUUCCGGCUACCAUUUUUUCCAUUUUUCAAAGCAAUAUAAGUACUCUUCUGAUACCGCAAGAUUUUGUAAUUUUUUUGGUUCAGUUUCCACCGUUUAGCAAACUCAGUAAUACAUUUGGAUGUUGUUUCUUUAACAUAAAUAGCAAAUAUGCAGUAAAGCAGUAUGAUUUCUGACUGAUGAGUGAAUAACCCAUCCAAGCCAGCUGUAUUUUUUUUCCAUUUGUCAUCAUCCUGUUGAACUAUUGUUUUGUAAUCUGGCGCAAACUUCUUUGCGAUUUAGAAAGUUGCCUUGUCACUUGCUGAAUGGCCCAUACUGGUUCCGAAACGAGGUACACUCGUUUUUGCGAAUUUCAGACCGAAAAUGAUCUGUAACUGGUUCGUUCCAGUGAGAAGCAUCUGAUAAAAUACUCCAAUUUCUCUCAUUAACCAUAAACUUUACAGUAUCUUUGUUUGAAUCAACAAUAUCAGAAAACAUAUCCCUUUUCAAAUCAUCCACGUAUUUUCUGGCAUUUUGACGUCAAUAUCUUCCAUUUCCCGAACUAUUAGCUGUAUUGGAGGAAUCAGUUUCAUUGGUAGUCUGAGGAACGUCUUUAGAUGAACCCUGGUCAUCAUUAGAUUUCCUGACCUAUCGAAGCAUGAAUCAUGGUAGUGAUUUUAGUCAGUCAAAUCUUUUCUGUUUUCUUUUCGCUGCGGGCAGCCACUCGACCGUUCAGAUUUGGACACGCCGUGUGGCACGAUAGAAUUAUCUUGAACAGUUAAAAUGUUUUGUGUCGUUUUCAAGACAACAAACAAAAUAGUUACAUCCAACUGCUCAAACACAAGAGUCGGAGCACAAUCCAAAAUACAGAACACAAAAGUGGCAGAUCAAUCCCAAGAGUCAAAAUAUCACAAUCAUGCUCACCUUUUAAGGCGCGACUAGUGACUAAUCGGUGAAAAUAUUAAGUUUUGAGUAUUUUUAGGUUUCGAUGUAUUUGUUUUUUGUUUUUUUUUAAUUUAAAAGACACUAUUUUUUUAACAAGUUAAAAUUUAUUUAAAUUAAUUAUUAAAAGAUUUUACAUUUUUUUUAUCAAAAUAUUAUUUUGUUAACCCUAUAAAUGGGUAAAAAGUCAUUUUAAUUUUUUUUUAAAUUUGCAUCAAUUUGACUGAUGCACUUAGAAUAGCCCAAUCACAUUGAUUUGGCACCAGUGGAAAGCUUUAUUUCUCAGAAUUAAGUUAAGUAUAUCUUCCUGAAACUUACGAAAGUUACCGAAAAUUUCAAUCGGCGGUCUUUAAUCAAGAUGAAAACGGUGUUUUUCUGACCUAAUUAUAGGAUCACUUCAUUUCUGACGCAUCAACCUUUAACUUUUAAUAAAGUACGUAUUUUGAUUGGUUACAUCGUGAAAAAUUUACAUGUCAUCGUUUAUCCUUUUAUGAAAUUCGGUUAGAUCGAUCAGUGUGUUUGCGGUAAAUAUUUAAUUUUCCAAUUUGGUGUCACCACCCUUUGUGCUGACCACACCCCGGUACCCCUAGUUACGCCACUGCUAAUAUGCAUAUACCCAAGCCUGAUACAAAAGACUUUUAAUAUAUAUAUAUAUAAAUUAAUCAUCUGGUUGGUAGUACUAGAAUAGAACAUUUUAAUAUUUGACACUAAAAGAAAUUCUAAAGUUAUUUUCCUUGGACUUUUGGAUUUAUUACUGACUUAUUCGAUUUUAAUUAUUUUUGUAAUUCAUGAUUGCAAGUUGUUGUUUUUUUAAAUAUAGGUCUUUUAAAAAAAAGUGGAUAGUGUUUUACAUAUUUUCAUGGCUUAAGAGUGGCUAAAUUGUUCAUUCACAGGUGUCAAAAUGGAAUCGUCAAAAGACAUAGAUCUUUUGUUGAUCGGGAAGACAGGAAAUGGAAAAAGCGCGCUUGGAAACACGAUCCUAAGAAGAAAUUUGUUCAUCAGCAAAAAUUCUCAAACUUCUGUCACGAAAGACGUGAAAGGCGAAGUGAGUGAAGUUAAUAACCGCGUCAUCAAAGUUGUUGACGGGCCAGGUGUAGGGGACACAUGCCUGGACAGAGAGGGUGCUGUUAAUCUUGUAUUGAAUGCCAUGCAGCUCGCCAUUUUAGCCAACCCGCGAGGGUAUCACGCGUUUCUUCUGGUGACCAAAUUCGGAGGAAGGUUUACUGAAGAAGACAAGGAAACUAUACAAAUUUUAAAGCGAAUCUUUGGAGAACAUUUUGUAAAAAACUACUGUAUUUUAGUUCUAACUUGCGGAGACAAUUUUUACAGUGAUGAAAACAACACAUCAACAUUUGAGGAGUGGUGUAAUGAACAAAUUGGAGUUUUUAAAGAAUUGCUCGAAGAAUGUAAUCAUAGAGUUGUAUUAUUUGACAACAGGACGAAAGAAGAAGACAAGAAAGAGAAGCAGCUGUCAAAGUUGAUUGAAAUGGUGGACAACCUGCGAUGGAGGGAUCUUCGUUACACCGAUGAAAAUUUCCAGAAAGCCAGGGAAGCUCGCGAGAAGUUGAUGGUCGAAGCCAAGAAGCCGAUGGUGCGCGAGGAAACAAUGAAUGAAACUAGUUUAAUAAUACAGAAACUUCAAUGGAUACAAGAAAAUGUGGAUCACAAAGAAAGACUAUCGCAUUUAGAUGGUCUCCAGAAACGAGCUACGACAUUAUACGAUAAAAUCCAUGUAGAGGAUAAAGGAACCGGCGCACUCCAUGACAUAUUACACACAGUUAAUUCAAUUCAAGUCACUAUUACUAAUGAGAUUGAGAUUUCUCAAAGAGUAAUAGAAGAGAAGGAGAAAAUGAGAAAAGUGGAAGAAGAGAGAACGCAAACGUUUAUGGCAGAGCUAGCACGGCAAAGAAAGGAAUAUGAGCAACGACUUAAACAGGACAAGAUUGAGGGCGAGCGUAGGAGUAGGCUGCUAGAAGAAUACGAAAAGAAAUUGAGAGUCCUGACAGAGAAAAAUGAUAAAGAUAGAGAAGAUCGCGAGAAGGCAUUUCAAAAGCCUUUCGAGGAAGAGAGCAGGCUCCAACGAAAACAGUUAGAGGACAUUGAAACACAAUAUAAGGCAGCCAAGCAGGCCAAUGAUGAGGGCUUUUUUUCAUCAUUCGCUAAAAAGAUCACAUUGCCAUUUAGGAAACUUUUUGGUAUCGAAGAUUAG